AAUCAAAAGCCUCUUUAAUAGCAAAAGGGGAGGGGAAACGAGGUGUCGAGCUAGCAAACGACAGAGUCUGUCAGGGAGGUGGCUAGAGAGGCCCGGAAGUGGCUUCUGUGCCCCGCCUUGCGGGUGGUUUGCUAGUUUCGAGCACUUUGUGAGUAUGGGGUGAGUAGCGGACGCCAGUUGGGCGUCCGCCUUCCACUGUGGGGUUAAAUCUCAUCCCGCGGUUCUCCUCCUGUCGGUCCUGCAGUUUUUUUGUCCCCUGGUAGAGGUGCGUUUGCAGGGGGGUGUAUGUGUGUGUGUGUGAAUUUGUGGAGAGAGGCCGUUCCCUCCCCAGUUCCUGCUGCCUCGGCUCCCAAGGAAGGAGACCCCUGCGAGAAGCCGUGGGGGAGGGAAGGGCGCUCUGCGUCUGAACGAAGUGGUGCUCGGCGUUCCCUCGUAGAGCCCAAUAUGAGUGUCCCUUGUUUAGAGCCGUUACCGAGUGUCUGGGUCGGUUCUUGAGGGUAUCUGGAGACGGGAUGCAUGGGUCACAUAGACAAGCCUCGAAAAUGGGAGCCGUUACAUUUUUGCACUGCCUGGUAACAAGGAAUCUUCUGCAGAAAUAGCGCUGGAAGCUAGAGUGAGGGCUGAGUACUGCCUUGGCCCAGGAUGGCUAGAGAAUUAAGUGAAAGCACAGCCCUGGAUGCCCAGCCUACAGAAGACCAGAUGGAGCUUCUGGUCAUAAAGGUGGAGGAAGAAGAGGCCGGUUUUCCCAGUAGCCCAAAUCUGGGCUCUGAGGGCUCCCGCGAGCGCUUCCGAGGCUUCCGCUACCCGGAGGCUGCAGGUCCCCGCGAGGCGCUGAGCCGGCUCCGAGAGCUCUGCCGACAGUGGCUGCAGCCUGAGAUGCACAGCAAGGAGCAGAUCCUGGAGCUGCUGGUGCUGGAGCAGUUCCUGACCAUCCUGCCUGGGAAACUGCAGAGCUGGGUGCGGGAGCAGCAUCCAGAGAGCGGGGAGGAGGUGGUGGUGCUGUUGGAGUAUUUGGAGAGGCAGCUGGAUGAGCCGGCGCUGCAGGUUUCAGGUGUUGACCAGGGGCAAGAACUGCUCUGUUGCAAGAUGGCAUUGUUGACACCAGCCCCAGAGUCACAAAGUAGCCAAUUUCAGCUAAUGAAGGCUCUGCUCAAGCAUGAAUCUCUGGGAUGCCAGCCCUUACAAGACAGAGUUCUCCAGGUCCCUGUGCUUGCCCAUGGAGGGUGCUGCAGAGAAGAUACAGUGGUAACUUCUAGGCUUACUCCAGAGUCCCAGGGGUUGUUGAAAGUGGAAGAUGUGGCCCUGACCGUCACCCCUGAAUGGACACAGCAGGAUUCAUCUCAGGGGAAUCUCUGUAGAGAUGAAAAGCAGGAGAACCAUGGCAGCCUGGUCUCCCUGGAGAUGGGGUUUCACCAUAUUGACCAGGCUGGUUUUGAACUCCUGACCUCAAGUGAUCUGCCAGCCUCAGCCUCCCAAUCGCUGUUUCUCAAAGGUGGUGAAAAACAGACUAAGGGCAGGGACUUGCCUCCAGCUGAGAAGCUUCAAGAAAAGGAGCAUGGGAAGAUAUUGUGCCACCUGAGGGAAGACAUUGUCCAGAUUCCUACAUGUGCAGAAGCUGGUGAACAGGAGGGCAGGUUACAAAGAAAGCAGAAAAAUGCCACGGGAGGGAGGCGGCACAUCUGCCAUGAAUGUGGAAAGAGUUUUGCUCAAAGCUCAGGCCUGAGUAAACACAGGAGAAUCCACACUGGUGAGAAACCCUACGAAUGUGAGGAGUGUGGCAAGGCCUUCAUUGGGAGCUCUGCCCUCGUCAUUCAUCAGAGAGUCCACACUGGUGAGAAGCCAUAUGAGUGUGAAGAAUGUGGUAAGGCCUUCAGUCACAGCUCAGACCUUAUCAAGCACCAGAGAACCCACACUGGGGAGAAGCCCUAUGAGUGUGAUGACUGUGGGAAGACCUUCAGCCAGAGCUGCAGCCUCCUUGAACAUCACAGAAUCCACACUGGGGAGAAGCCAUAUCAGUGCAGUAUGUGUGGCAAAGCCUUUAGGCGAAGUUCACAUCUCCUGAGACAUCAGAGGAUCCAUACUGGGGAUAAAAAUGUUCAGGAACCUGAGCAGGGAGAGGCCUGGAAAAGUAGGAUGGAAAGCCAGUUGGAAAAUGUUGAAACUCCCAUGUCUUAUAAAUGUAAUGAGUGUGAAAGAAGUUUCACUCAGAAUACAGGCCUCAUUGAACAUCAAAAAAUCCACACUGGUGAGAAACCCUAUCAGUGUAAUGCAUGUGGAAAAGCCUUCACCCGAAUUUCAUACCUUGUUCAACAUCAGAGAAGCCACGUAGGGAGAAACAUCCUAUCACAGUGACCCAUGCCAUACAUGCCAGAAUUGGUGCUCAUUUGUCACUGAUCUGAAGCCACUCCCCCUGGAGUCUCGACUACAGGAAUUGUGGGCUGGGCUUUAUUUACCACUACACAUUAUCAGGUGUUAGAAAAUAUAGACUGGGUUAGACAAAUUAUCUUCCAAGUUCUAGAAGGUGUUUGGAAUCAAAACAUAUUUGAUAGGAGGCUAUGGGAGAGUUGUCUAGAAUAGGUAAGACCUGAAAUGGUUUGUUCUCUCCCAUUGGAAUUAAAUGGAUGUUUUGACUGGCUAUUUGCCCUAAACCAGCACUUUGUGGUGUCUGUUGGGUGGAUGGUUGUGAUUUGGGGGCUGCUUCUCUGACCAUUCUUUUUGACUGUAAUGAAUCCUCCACAGUUGGUCAGAUUCACAAAGUCUUACAUCCCCCUCUGUGCCUUUUCCACAGGUGCUAAUAAAUGUUUAUUGAAUGUACCAGUGAGAUUACCUUCAUAGAUCUGAAAAUCUGAUGUUAUCCAGGUUUCUGAAGAACUUCUCGCCAAGGCCAUUUGUGCUUGUGUCCAAUUCUCUGACCUAGAUUGUGACUCAAUCUAGUGCAUUUCUUACCAAGUACAUAGGCAGAGCAGAGGUGAUGGCAGGAUUACUGUGAUUGAAAGAAUCCAUUUUUGUUUUUUUUUUGUUUUUGAGACAGAGUCUUGCUCUGUCGCCCAGUCUGGAGUGCAGUGGCACGAUCUCAGUUCACUACAACCUCCGCCUCUGGGUUCAAGCGAUUCUCCUGCCUCAGCCUCCUGAGUAGCCAGGACUACAGGCGUGUGCCACCACACCUGGCUAAUUUUUUAUAUUUUUGGUAGAGACGGGGUUUCACCAUGUUAGCCAGGAUAGUCUCGAUCUCCUGAUCUCGUGAUCCUCCUGCCUCAGCCUCCCAAAGUGUUGGCAUUAUAGGCAUGAGCCACCAUGCCCGGCCAAGAAUCCAUAUUUCUUUACCAGACUAGGAAUUCUAUUCUAGUGCAAAUGCCUUAAACAGCUUAUCACUAAAUCAUUACGAAUGUGUGCCAUCCAUGGAAUUGCAUUUUUUUUUUUUAAUAUGAGGUCUCACUGUGUUGCCCAGGCUGGUCUCGACAUCCUGGGCAAUCCUCUUGCCUCACCCUCUCAAAGCUCUGGAAUUACAGGUGUGAGCCACCAUGCCCAGCCCAAAUUUCAUUCUUUAAUGUUUUCCUGUUGCUACUCUUUAAGAAAAAACUUACCUAUUCAGACAGUGUGAAAAUCAGUCAUCAAGUCAGAAUAAAAUGAUAAAUAUUCUAAUGCUCCAUAUCUUAGUUCUCUCCAUUUAGUUCUCUUGGGCCUAACCAAUGCCUGCUAAAACAAUAGACACUAUCCUGCCCCACCCUACUACCCAGCAUACACUGUAUAGUAAACUGCAUCAAAACUUAUUCCUGCUAAGUUCAUACUUUCUCCUGAUGAAUGGAUUCACACCAAAUAUUUAAAACGAGUAUCACUUAUGGUUUCAGAACCCCAUUAUUAGUGUCUGACGUCUUGGUCUUCUUAUACAUUGAUUCCCAAAUCGCCUGUGUGGUAACAGCAUCUCAGUUUUUCAUGAUGACUAUUUUAACCAUAAAUUUAACUCCUCAGGCUAUCUACUUUUUUGUUAAACACACUGUGUAGAUCAUCUUUUUUUUUCUUAUCAUGAUAGUCAAAAUUUUAGUCUUGUGAAUUCACGUGAGAAAAUGUUUAGUCAGCAUUAUACAAGUAGUAUUUAUUAUGUAUACAUUCAGUGGAGUUGUUUCUACAAAAGUAUUUUGGAAUGACUAUUCUGCUGCAAACUUUUGUGUUAAGUGCUUCACCUUAUUCCUACAAUAAGGAGAAGUGCACUAACAAAAUGAACAAUGCAGCAAGGGCUUCAGUUGCAGCUCAGGUCUUAUCAAACACCAGAGAACCCAUAAUGGGAGAAACCUUAUGAGUGUGACAACUGUGGAAAGACAGUUCCUUUUUUGUUAGUAUCACUUCUCCUUAUUGUAGAAAUAUGCUUUCAUUGUUGGGUCUACUCACAUUUCUCACUCGAUUUCUGGCACCAGCAAUCUCUUCCAUAUUUACAAUAUCAGUCAAAAACUCUGGAAUUCAAACAUAACAAGAUUUUUCUGGUCACCUUUAAUGGUUAAUGACUUGGGCAUUGUGAUAUAUUAUCUCCUGCUGUAUUUUGUUUAGUAGAAAUUGAAUCAUCAUCCAAAAUCCUUUAUAGAAAUAUCCAAGUCCCUGUUUUUAUGCUGGUUUCCAAGGCUUGGUCCUUCAAGGUUUUCAGGGAUCUAGGGGACACAAAUCUGACAAAUCCUAGUGUAAAUUAUUUGUAUUAUAGUAAUAAACCAUAUGGUUACUUCGUUUGAGUGGAUUCUUAAAUUGAGAAAAAUGCAUUGCAUGAUUUCUAAACUUCCUAAACAUACAUUAGGAUUCUCCAAAGAAAUAGAACUGAUGGGAUCUGUGUGUACAUAUGUAUGUAUGUGUAUGCAUAUAUAUUUGUAUUUAUAAUAUUGGUUUAUAUAUAUAUUAUACACAAUAUAUAUGUGUUUGUAUAUAUAUUUUAUUGGCAAGAAUUGGUUCAUAUGAUUAUGGAGGCUGAGAAGUCCUAGGUUCUCCUAUCUGCAAACUAGAGAACUAGCGCAGCCAGUGGCGUGAGCGCCAGUCCAAAGACCAGCAGGUUCAAGACCCAGGAAGAGCCAGUGUUCUAGUUUGAGUCUGAAGGCCAGAAAAGACUGAUGUCCCAGUUCAAGAUGGGCAGGAGGAAUACCCCUUGAGGGAGCAUCAUCUUUUUUGUUUUCUUCCUGUCUUCAACUAAUCAGAUGGGGGCCACCCACAUUAGUGGGGGCAGUCUGCCUUACCUAGUCCACUGAUGCAAUGAUUCAUCACAUUCAAAUUCAAACACUCAGAAUAAUGUUUGACCAAAUAUCUGGGCACCUUGUGGUUUGGUCAAGUUGACAUAUAAAACUGGCCAUCACAAUGCUAUAGUUUCAACAUUAAAACUACAGUAUAGUAUUACAGUUUCAGUAAAGCAUUAAAACAUUUAAUCCGUGCUUCCCAAUUUUGUGAAUUCUUCCAAUUGGCAGUAGGAGCCUGGGAAAUAAUGUUUGUAGCCUCCCUACCCCACUUACAGGUCAGGAUAGGGAACGGCUGGUAUGAGGCAGGCUGAGGGACAAGAUAAACAACUAGAUCACCAUUGUAUCCUCAGCAUCUAGCAGAGUUCCUGAUAAAUGAAUGAUUCUGAAAAUUG